AUGCACCUGGACAACAAAAGCCAGAUCAAGAUAGAACUAGCACGGAAGGCAGAUCCCCCUCAAAUGACUGUGAAUGACCACCUCAAAGUGUCAGCUGAGAACAGAGAUUGUGGGGAUCUGAAGCUUCUGGAAGGCUUUUGUGAGCUUCUGCCUAGUCAGGAUGGAGAACAGGGUUGCUACCAGAAUGGAGCUGUAGCAUGUGAGCAGUACACCCUCCACUGUGAAGAAUUCAGCCCAGUCAUUCAACAGGAGUGGCUCCAGUCCAGUGCAACAAGGAAUUUAGACUACCAACUCUUCAACUCCAAGUUGCAAGGCAAUGAUUUCAAUGAUAAAACACCUUUAUUGAAUGGUAUAUCUGAAGGGAAUGGGAGAAACUACCUGACUGUUUAUGAAGCAGAUCCUGAUGAAUCAUGGGAAUGCAGCUCAGGUGAACUGGAGCAACGAGGCCGACUGGGGAGUGAGGUUGGCUGCUUGUCUGCAUCUAACUCCACCGAGAAAUGUGACAUCUUGGAUAGUCUCCACCUGAACUUCAUACUUCCUAACAAGCUGAGAUGUGUUUUAAGAGUUCUGAAGACUUCCAGUCUCUUCAUCUUUGUUGUUAUUUGCUCAGUUUUGUUUAGCUCAUAUCCAGGACAUGGCAAUCGUAGACAAAUGGUAACUGUUUCACCAUUGGAAAACACAUUUUUAAACCUCUCAAACUUUGAAGGCAAUGCUCUUCUCAAACUGGAAAUUGCAGGACCAUUUGCAGAAGGCCAAAUUCACAGCAAUAGAGACGAAUACAUCAGCAUUCAAGUUGAACAGGCCGAAGAUGGUGGCAGAAGGAGGAGGAAGCGUCAGCAGUUGGUGCACAAUUGGACGAUUCCAUUAAAUCCACAACGGAAUCAACUCCUCAAGACAAAGACUUUUGAGAUGGCCAGCAGCAAUGAAAUCAGUUUGAGUAUACAAGCCUUCCUCAAGAACAGUGAAAUGGUUCCACUCUCCAUUCAUCACCAUUAUCUCUAUGCAAAUGUUGAGACUCAAGUUGCCAUCGCAUCCGUCAUUUUGGCUGGAGUCUAUGCACUUAUUGUAUUUGAGAUUGUGCACCGAUCUUUGGCUGCUAUGUUGGGAUCCCUGGCAGCUUUGGCUGCCUUGGCUGUGAUUGGUGAUAGACCAAGCAUGGUUACAGUUGUGGAGUGGAUUGACUAUGAAACACUGGCAUUACUGUUUGGAAUGAUGAUUUUGGUGGCAAUAUUUUCAGAAACUGGCUUUUUCGAUUACUGUGCUGUCAAGGCUUACCAAUUGUCUAGAGGAAGAAUCUGGGCCAUGAUUGUCAUUCUGUGCCUUAUUGCUGCCAUUCUAUCGGCUUUCUUGGACAAUGUCACUACAAUGCUUAUCUUCACACCAGUAACCAUAAGGUUAUGUGAAGUGCUCAAUCUGGACCCUAGGCACGUGCUGAUCGCAGAGAUUGUCUUCACGAAUAUUGGCGGAGCGGCCACAGCUGUCGGGGAUCCACCAAAUGUCAUCAUCGUUUCCAAUCAGCACCUGCAAAAGAAAGUAAUACAGUUCUUUUCAACUUUAAUAAUAUGGUGUUUAGGGAUCUGCAUAGUAUUGUUGCUAAGCUUUCCAAAACUGCGCUUCCAAUUUUACAAUGAUAAACUUUGGUGCGAAGAAUUACUGGAAUGGGUGGAGCUGAAGCAUGAGAUUCAUGUUUGGAGACUCACAGCUCAGCGCAUUAACCCUGCCAGUCGAGAGGAGACUGCAGUGAAGUGCCUACUCAUGCAGAAGGUGCUCAAUCUGGAGAACGUGCUCCGGAAAAAGCUUAGGACUUUUCAAAGACAAAUUUCACACGAUGACAAAAACUGGGAAACUAUCAUUCAGGAACUGCAGAAAACACACAGGAUAAUGGACAAAGCCCUCCUGGUUAAAUGCUCAAUAGUUUUGGGAUUUGUUAUCUUCAUGUUCUUUCUCAACUCGUUUGUUCCCAGCAUCCAUCUCGAUCUCGGUUGGAUUGGAAUGUUGGGUGCAAUAUGGCUUCUGGUGCUGACUGACAGCCAUGACUUUGAGAUUAUACUGCACAGAGUUGAAUGGGCAACCCUUCUUUUCUUUGCUGCACUCUUUAUCCUCAUGGAGGCACUGGCUAACCUGCAAUUGAUUGACUACAUUGGAGAGCAGACGGCUACAUUGAUAAAGUCUGUUCCGGAAGAACAAAGACUCUCUGUCGCUUUAAUCCUCGUCAUUUGGGUCUCUUCUCUGGCCUCAUCCCUGAUAGAUAAUAUUCCGUUUACAGCCACUAUGAUUCCCGUGCUGUUAAAUCUGAGCCAGGACACAGAUGUAAACCUACCGGUGAAACCUUUGAUUUUUGCAUUGGCGAUGGGAGCCUGUCUGGGAGGCAAUGGAACAUUGAUUGGUGCUUCCACUAACGUGGUAUGUGCAGGAAUAGCAGAACAACAUGGUUACGGCUUCUCCUUCAUGGCCUUUUUCAGACUGGGCUUUCCGAUGAUGCUUGUUUCCACAACUAUUGGGAUGUGCUACCUCCUCGUUGUUCAUGUUGUACUGGGAUGGAACUUGUGA